AAUAUUUUCUUCCCUUACGUAGCCUUCUUUGACAUGGUAUCAGAGCGGUAGACGUUCUGGGCUAAAUACUUCCGCCGAACCAGAAGCCGAGACGACGUAACAAUGGCUGGAGACCAAGUUGAGCGUCGGAAAAUCAAUGACCCUGCCUCACCUUACUAUCUGUCAAGCUCGGACUACCCCGGUCAGAAUAUUUGCGGGGUAGUGUUGAAAGGAGAGAGCAACUACAGAGAAUGGGCGACGUCCAUGAAGAAUGCAUUCCGUGCAAAACGGAAAUUGGUGUUUCUUGACGGAACUAUCAAACGACCCGAGAACAACGAAAGAGAUCUAGAAGACUGGCUGACUGUCCAUUCCAUGGCCGUGGGAUGGAUUAUGACCUCGGUAGACCAGCCUCUACGAACCAAUCUGGUCUAUAUGGAAAGUGUUUGUGAUCUGUGGAAUGAUUUGGAGCAGCGGUUCUCCGUGGGAGAUGCGAUGCGGACACACGAGUUGAAAGAGCAGAUCCGGAAUUGCCGCCAGAACGGACAAAACAUAACAACCUACUUUGGGCAACUCAAAGGCCUAUGGGAUGACUAUGAUGAACUUCGGACUAUCCCACAGUGUAAGUGUGGUGCCUGUACAUGUAAUCUCAACAAACAGUUUCUUAAACAUGUGGAGAAGGAAAAAAUACAUGAUUUUUUAAUGGGUCUGGACCAUGAAAAUUAUGGGAACCUACGUUCCAAUAUACUACGUCUGGAUGAGCUCCCUUCACUCACCAAGGUGUAUCACGCUGUGAUACAAGAGGAACGGCUUCAGAACCUAACGAAAGGGAAGGAAGAAAAGCCUGAGGUGGUGGCUUUUGCUGCUCGCACUACAACCAACGUUGGAGCAAGGGAAGAAAAAGUCAAAUGCACCUUUUGUCACAAAACUGGACAUGAGGUGGAAAACUGUUUCCGCCGAACCGGAAAUUAUCCGGAUUGGUGGUAUGAAAACGCGGGAAGAGGACGUGGAGGACGAAGCCGCGGUGGACCCAGCCGUGGUGGACAAGGCCGUGGAGGAACAGGACGGACACAUGGACGCGGGGCAGUGCAAGCAAUGCACGUCGGUGAGUAUCGAGAUGAUGGACCAGUCAUGCAUGAACCGAAGGAAGCAGUCCUCCACAAACCCGAAAUUACCAAUGAACAAUGGCAGUAUUUCUUAAAAUUGAUGGAAAAGUGUAAGACUACUUCGUCGGAAGAAAAACUCACAGGACCUACCUACGAAGACGCCGAUUGGAGUGGGUGACCGACGAGGGGGAGUUUAUUAUUUCCGGAGUCUGGAUCGAGGACAAGCGCAUGCGGUGGGGAGUUCAGGCUCAGGUGACUUGUGGCAUUCUCGAUUGGGGCAUCCGUCAGUGAGAGUUUUACAGUUGCUUGGUUAUUUAAAUAAAAGUGUGUUAAAUUCCGUUCAGAAUAAUGUGUGUGAUGCAUGCUUGCGUGGUAAACAGACACGUGAUAGUUUUGCUAUUAAUAAUGCUCGUGCUGUCGAGCCCUUUGAAUUAAUUCACUGCGAUAU